AUUCGUUCCACCACCCUCCACCGCGAUGGUUUCGACUUGGCUUCAAGCGUUCGGCCGCACGAAGCCAUUGCCGAAGGAUCUGCACCUGAACGAGCACACAUCUUCUCUGAAGCGGUGUCUCACCCUCUUCGACCUCAUUUGCUACGGCGUGGGAUGCUCUGUGGGUGCUGGUGUCUAUUCGUUAAUUGGCAUUGGCGCAAACAUCACCGGGCCGUCCAUCUCGAUCUCGUUUCUCAUCAGCGGUAUCGCAUGCAUCUUCACGUCGCUCACGUACUCGGAGUUUGCCGCGCGCGUACCAAUCACCGGUUCAGCCUAUUCGUUUGUUUAUGUCACGUUUGGCGAAUUGGCGGCGUGGUUGAUCGGAUGGAACCUCAUGCUUGGGUAUGGCAUCUCCGCAGCUGGUAUCGCGCGGAGCUGGGCAUCGUACAUCGCCAUCUUCAUGCGGCAAUGGGGCGUCCACAUUCCUCGCGAAUGGAUCGCGAUUGAUGCAUGGGGAUUGAGCUGCAGCGCGCUGGCUGCCGCACUGAUCGUUGUGUUAAGUGUGAUUUUGCUUGCUGGGGUGCACGAGUCAGCGAAAUUCAAUAUGGUCGUUACGGCGUUGAACGUGGCUGUGCUGCUGCUGGUCAUUGCCGUCGGCAGCACGGAAGUCGACGUAUCGAACUGGGAACCCUUCGCGCCAGAGGGAGCCCACGGUAUCAUGCAAGGGGCCGGGGUCAUUUUCUUUGCCUACCUCGGCUUUGACAUGGUCGCGUGCUUGGCGGAGGAAGUGCCAAACCCCCAAACGAACGUGCCCCGUGGAAUCAUCGGGUCCCUUUUGAUCUCCAUGUCCAUUUACAUUGGCGUGUCGCUCGUCAUCACGGGCAUGGCCCCUGCCGCAAUCCUUGGCACGGAUGUCCCGAUUGUCAACGCAUUUGACUUUCAUCAACUCACUUGGGUCACACACGUCGUGUCGUUCGGGUCCAUGUUUGGGCUCACCACGGCCGCCUUCACGUGCCUUAUGGGCCAGCCCCGCAUCUUUUACCAAAUGGCCAAAGAUGGUUUGCUGCCCGAUUGUCUCUCGGCCGUCCACGCGUCCACUCAAGUGCCGUACUGGAGCACGAUCCUGACUGGCGUCGGCGUUGCCACGUUUGCCUAUUUCUUCGACCUGAACGUCCUCGCCAACGUGAUUUCAUGCGGUACCCUCAUGGUCUUUACGUUUGUCAACGCUGGUCUGCUUGUCCUUCGUUACGACGCGACCUCUACCAGUCCAUCAAACCACUCACUCGGCCACUGGCUGUCGACCGUAUCGUUUCCCAUCCGCCUCGUGUGGUUCGUUCUGGCUUCGUUUGCCACGUGCCUCACCAUCAACCUUGACGUCCCCGUCGCCGCCCAGCUCUCUCUCGGCGCCACCGUCCUCGCUACGUACUGUUGGAUUCACAACGGCACGUUGCACCCAGUGUGCUCGUCGACUGUGUUCGUGUGCCCGUGGGUUCCCGCCGUGCCAUGCCUCGGCAUCUUCUCCAACACGUAUAUGAUGACGAGCUUGCCGCUCCUGGCUUGGACGGGCGUCGGUAUUUGGAUGUGUGUCGGCAUUCUCUUGUACGGGUGCUUUGGGAUGCACCACAGCAAACUAGGCUCCACGCGCAACGUGGAAUCCCUGCCGCUCAUUUAGCUCCAUGAUGUCGGUCGCGGAGUAUUUGGAUGGAGCUAGUCGAUGCAUGGCACAACACUCGUAGCCAAGCGACUGAAACAGAUUCAAAAUAUAUAAGUGAUGACGACUCGUUGCCGCCUUUUCGCGUGAUCCGACGAUGCCAGCUCAGUCCACACGCGGCGAGAACUCUCGAUACACGACGACAUCUGGAAGAAACUCCUUCUUCUUCUCGCGCAACUCAGCAACCCACUUGUCGUUCGCGGCUUGUCGCUCGAGCCGUAGUUGCUCCUGAAUUUGAGCCAGUCGAAUCCGUUCCUCGCGUAUGAACAUAGACUCGAUCGGUCGGUCUUCCGGUGGAAUGUACACCGCAUGCUGCUGCUGCUGUUGUUGUCUUUCUUGUUGUUGUUGCUGCGUUUGGUAUUGCUGAGAUAAGUCUUGCAAGUCUUCCACUUGCGGCUCCUCGCUACUCUUGGAAGGGGACGACGGUGGCGACGUAUAAAUAUACUUGGACGACGUGAUGGAGGACCCGUAUAAGUCGUCUCUUGACGGCGAGCCACCUGAGAGCGGCAUAAUCGUGUCGUUGUUGCCUUCCUCAAAUGUCUCUCGGCGCAAUGCCGUCCCGACAGUCAUGUCGGCCUUGCGUGGUGCGGUCGUCGUCGACUGGACCUGGUGAAACGAGGAAGGGACGGCCGGGCUCGCCACCUCAAUGGUGGCGAGGCCCUUCGCCGCGGCAGGCUUGAUGACAUCGCCGUCAUCGAUUUCGGGGCGCCGCUUCGAGCAGCAGUGUCCCAUGGCUCGUCAAGUCGGAUCUGAAGUUUCUUCGCAAGAAGGGGCGACUCCCUGCUUUCAAG